CAGCCACACACUGGUUUGAUACUAAGUGUGGCAGCAUGCUCGAGUAAGGACACGGAUACGUCUGCGUGAUUUUCUUUUUUCCUCCCUUCAAAAUAAAUUGUUUUUGUUUUGAUUCUGGGGUGAAGUGGAUUUCAGCACCGGAGCUGUCCGAACCUGACGCUGCUGCUGCUGCUGAUGCUGUUGCUGCUGCGCGAGGCGGUGAUGCUGGGCUGAAAUCAUCUCUCUCGCUCUCUCUCUCCCUCCCUCUCUCUCUCUCUCUCUCUCUCUCUCCUCGUCUCUCCCUUCCUCGCUCCUCUCCUCCACACGCACGAAACGCUCUGUCAUGGCGUCUUCCAACCAUGUUACCCCCACCAACUGUAGCUGGUGGCCCAUCUCAGCCAUGGAUGAGGACGGUAAAAUCACAGACGGGGAGGAGUGCGAAGAAGCGACGGCAGAGCCCAAACCCUUCAGCAAAGACAGGCUGGUUUUGUACCACUGGACGCAGUCUUUCACCUCCCAGAAGGUACGUCUAGUCAUUAAUGAGAAGGGUCUGGUCUGUGAGGAGCGGGACGUGAGCUUGCCGCUGCAGGAGCACAAGGAGCCGUGGUUCAUGAGGCUGAACCUGGGUGAGGAGGUACCUGUCUUCCUCCACGGGGACACGAUCAUCAGUGACUACAACCAGAUUAUAGAUUACCUGGAGAAAAACUUUGUGGGAGACACAGUGGCUCAACUGAUCCCUGAUGCUGAAUCGCCUCUCCACGACCGCGUGCAGCAGUACCGCCAGCUUCUGGACGGACUGCCCAUGGACGCUUACACACACGGCUGCAUUCUCCAUCCAGAGCUCACCAUUGACUCAAUGAUCCCAAAGUACGCCACCGCAGAAAUACGUAGACAUUUGGCCAAUGCUGCAACAGAGCUGAUGAAGUUGGACCAUGAGGAGCCUCAGCUGACAGAACCAUACCUAUCCAAGCAGAAGAAGCUCAUGGCAAAAAUCUUGGACCAUGAUAAUGUGAACUACUUGAAGAAAAUUCUGGGAGAGUUAGCCAUGGUUUUAGAUCAAGUGGAGGCUGAACUGGAGAAACGGAAACUAGAGUAUCAAGGUCAAAAGUGUGAGUUGUGGCUAUGUGGACCUGAAUUUACACUAGCUGAUAUCUGCCUCGGAGCCUUGUUGCACAGGCUCAAGUUCUUGGGACUUUCUAAGAAAUACUGGGAGGACGGCAGCCGAUCCAACCUGCAGUCCUUUUUUGUGCGUGUGCAAAAACGCUACGCUUUCCGAAAGGUCUUGGGCGACAUCCACACGACCCUCCUGUCUGCAGUCCUACCCAACGCCUUUCGGAUGGUAAAAAAGAAGCCGCCGUCCUUCUUUGGGGCAUCUUUUCUCAUGGGUUCACUGGGAGGGAUGGGCUACUUUGCCUACUGGUAUUUAAAAAAGAAAUACAUGUAGUGAAUGCCCCAUUGUUGUGUUAAAUGUCUGUGUAUUUGUGUGAUGUUUCAACUUUUCUGUAAUGUUUUAUGACUGCAGGAAAAACUUAAUCUAUAUAGAAAACACUAUUACUUACCUGGACAGACAAAGAAAUAUUAAAACAUUCCAUAAUAAGAAAAUUCUUGACAGCACAUUUUCUGGUAAAUCAUGUUCUCCAUCAGGUUUUAUUUCCAGAAGUCCUGGUUUGACUUUUGUUGGAGGCAGGUUCACUUACAUUGAAAACUUCAAGUAGAAACCCAGAUGAAAAUGUUUAACACGGUAGAACACCAACACGGGUUUUUUGACCUUCGCAUGCCACUACUAUACUCAUUAUCUGCUGUUCACCCCUUCAUCUGUCUGAGGAUGAAACUACAGAGCAAUGUUGGUGACAAAAAUGCUGUGCUGCCAGAAACUGCCAGAUGACUUGAUGAAAGGAUGGAGGCAAACUUUUAAGGAGUAGUCUGACAUUUUUGGAAAUUUGCCAGUUUAUCUUUUUUGUUGAAACGUAUAUGAGGAAAUUGACUUGUGCUGGAAGUGUUAUACUUAUUGUGUUUUUAUUCCUGAGCUUCUUAGGUUUAGACCAACUGAGUCACAGUUUUAAACACCCUAUUUUUAUUAGAAUAUUAUGAAACACCACUGCUUUUCUGAAGGUCACGUUUCUCUAAAAGCUGGUGUAGCUUAGGGACUCUGCUCCCCUCUCUUUCCCAAGUGUGUCAGGGAACUACAGUGGCCUUUGCAUACCAGAAAGGAUGUUAACACUAUUUCACAACUCUCCACUGUUCCAAUCUCCCACUGCUGUUACUCGUCCUUC